AUGUCCACAUACUUAAGGUUAGGCCACAUGGUGUUAGCUCCCGAACCCGGCAAAUAUUUUAUACCUCAUCACGCCGUACUCAAGGCUGACGGUGACAUGUCGAAAAUACGCGUUAUUUUCGAUGCCUCGUCUGUUUCUUCGUCUGGUCGUUCCUUAAACGACGUUUUGUGCACUGGUCCCAAACUACAAGUGGACUUGCGUGACAUCUUACUACGCUGUCGAUUGCACAGAUUUAUUUUGACCGCCGACAUUGUUAAAAUGUACCGGCAAAUUUUAAUCCGUUCUGAAGAUCGCGUCUUUCAACAUGUAUUUUGGUGCGAUUCACCCAGUGAGAAUCUUCAGGAAUACCAGUUAUGUACCAUUACAUAUGGCCUUAAUUGCGCUCCAUAUCUGGCCAUCCGUUGCUUACACGAGCUUGAUGAGCAGGAUGGUCAUCUCUUCCCGUUGGCCAAAGUUGUCCUCAAUCGAUCAGCUUAUGUUGACGACAUAGUUGUCGGUGCCGACACGGAAGAGCAACUUCUACGUCGAAAAGAGGCAAUCGUCGGUUUGCUCCACAACGGGGCUUGUGAACUGAGCAAAUGGACCAGCCAUAGUGCUCUCGUCCUAGGGUCCAUCAGUCCUGACCAUCGUGCGAAUUCCGUAUCAUUUGACCCACGGGAUGAACAUUCGGUAAAAGUUCUUGGGCUGCAUUGGAACACAACUAAUGACAAUUUCGCCUACCAUACCAGCAUCCCUCAAACGUCGUCUACCAAACGGCAAGUUCUGUCAAUCAUUGCACGUUUGUUUGACCCCAUCGGCGCUUUAGGCCCGUUGCUAUUGUGGGCGAAAUAUUUUAUGCAGUUACUGUGGAGCAAUAAACUCGGGUGGGACGAUCCAAUGCCAGAAGAGUUAUUGUCCACGUGGCGACAAUUUUGUUAG